CACAGCGUCGGCCAUAUUUACAGUGCAUUUCCCGCCAAGAAGGACUACACAGAUUGCGAAGUUUUCUAAGUUUCAGAAUCAAAAUGAAUUCCUGGACGUUAUUAGUUUUGGGAACAUGUGUUAUUUACACUACGGGGCAGCCCGUUAAUUCCGGAGACAAGGUUCCCGUUCUCAAGGAGGCACCGGCCGAGGUAUUGUUCAGAGAGGGACAGGCCACGAGGCUGGAGUGCGCCACAGAGGGAGACGACAGUGGUGUCGAAUACUCGUGGCGAAAAGACGGCAUGCAUUUUAGCGUCGGUCAAGACACGCUCACCAGUAUCGACGCUGGCUCUCUUGUGUUCAGCCAAACCAAAGCUUCGGACGAAGGCGAGUACCAGUGCUUCGCCAAAAGCGACUUUGGGGUCGCCAGCACAAGGGCUACUAAGCUCCGCCGUACGUACAUAGAGACUCCUGCAUUUGAGGAGAAAAAAGUGACGGUGGUCGAAGGAAAACCCUUUGAACUCCGCUGUCCAGUGCCCGGGGGCUACCCGAAGCCGACCAUAAGCUGGAUGAGACAUCAUGACGAGGACGGCUCCACUGAGAACUUCAUGGACAGAAGAGCGACUUAUUCACCCGAGGGAACCCUGUACUUUUCCAAUGCGAGUCUUGACGAUGCCAACGAUAAAACCAAGCUGGUCUGCAUGGCCUCUUCUCCUGCCGCCGACGAGGGUGUGCCCCUAGUCGCGUAUUACAUCACGCAAGUGACUCCCGCCUCGGAGUCCACGUAUGGAGAGCUGAUCCCUCAGUACUUGAGUGACCACGUGGUGGCGAAAGUUGGCGAUCUGACGUAUCUAUACUGCAUUUAUGGCGGAACUCCCCUAGCCCACCCAAGCUGGUCCAAGGACGGUGUAAACGUGGACAAUACCUACAAGGAUCGCAUAACCCGCCACAACAGGUCCUCUGGGAGGAGACUGGUCAUCAAGGAGGUUUGGGCAGAGGACGCGGGCACUUACACGUGCGAUGUAGACAAUCAGGCCGGCAGAAGACUGCAACACACAAUCACCUUUAGUGUUGUCAGUGCACCAACCUUCACGACUAAACCAGAGAAACGAACGCUGGCAACCCAAGGCGAGGACGUCACAAUACCUUGUAAGGCGACAGGAAUUCCGUCACCUCUAGUUUCGUGGACUUACAACGGCGAACCCGUGACCGAAGGGGUCACUGGUGACGGACUGGUGAUCAAGGCUGUCAAUAAAUCUAAUCAAGGCUACUACGGGUGUACUGCCUCGAAUGAGCACGGCGCAGAAUACGCCGAAACGGCUCUUCAAGUCGCUUAAAUUCUAUAAUGGCGACACGCCUAAGGCGGCCAUAUGUGUUAUACAAUAAAAAUUAAAUAAAUAAAAACUA